AUCAAAUAAUUGAAACGAAUUCGCACUGUAACCUUAAAAACUAAAAUACAUAUAAUAAUAAUAGGCUAACAUAAAGUAGCUGUAGAUAAUGUAAGAUUAUACAUUUCUCUACAGUCUAAACUCAUUACUAAAUAGGCCUAAAAUUCAGUAUGAUGAAGAGCAAAACAGUUGGGCAUAUUUGUAAUUUUCGGUGGCAUUUUGCCCUGCAGUGAAUCCACAGCUUUGAUCGGUUGUCUUAUGCAAUCUUCAGAGAUCUCAGGAGAGAUCAUGGCAGCUCAGGCGUUGGUAAUUCAUACUGUCUGUUGAGCCUCUCCAACACAAACACAUCAGAGCAGCCUGUCUUUUACAUGUUCUUUCUCUAAAAAUGGAUUUAACCGGAUUGAGAUCCAAAGGACGACUUUUGUUAGUUUUGUGUGUAAGUUGUUACCUCUACACAUCCACCGAUGCUGAGGGGAGCUGCAAACUCAAGGCCAAGUUCAACCUGAGGGGUUAUAAAGAAGUGGUGAAGAAGACGGUGGUUAUCGGUGGCAUGUUUCCAGUUCAUCAACGCCUGGUUUCGACGGACAGCAACACCACGAUCCCUCCAGAGUCCUCGGAUUGCGAGGGCUUUAACUUCCGUACUUUCCGCUGGGCUCAGACCAUGCUGUUUGCCUUGAAUGAGAUCAACAACAGAACGGACCUGCUACCCCUAACUGAGCUGGGCUACGUCAUCUACGACUCCUGUUUCACCAUUUCCAAAGCUGUGGAGGGAACGCUCACCUUCCUGACGGGGCAGGACGAGGCCGUGCCCAACUACCGCUGUGGGGACGGACCGCCUCUCUCUGCUUUGGUGGGAGCCGGAGGCUCGGAUCUGUCCAUAGCCACAGCCAGGAUUCUUGGCCUCUACUAUUUCCCACAAAUGAGUUACGCGUCCUCAUGCUCAGUUCUUGAAAGCCGGUUUCAGUACCCCACCUUCCUCCGCACCAUCCCCAGCGAUGAGCACCAGUCUGUUGCAAUGGCAAAACUAGUGCUCCAUUUUGGCUGGACCUGGGUGGGUACCAUCGCGGCCGAGGACGAUUACGGGAAAUACGGAAUCAAGAGGUUCAAGGAGGUGGUGGAGGAGGCGGGAGUGUGCAUAUCCUUCUCCGAAACCCUCCCCAAGGUCUCCAACCCAGAGGCCAUCGAGCGCAUCGUGCAGGCAGUGCUGGAUUCCACGGCUAAGAUCAUCGUGGUGUUCUCCUCUGACGUGGAUCUGAGCCCACUAGUGGGGGAACUGCUGCGUAACAACGUCACCAACCGCACCUGGAUCGCCAGCGAGGCCUGGGUCACGUCGGCCGCCAUCUCCCGUCACCCCGACAUACUGCCUGUCCUGGGAGGCACUAUAGGGUUUGCGGUCAAGCGUGCGGAGAUACCCGGCCUGAAAGAGCACCUGCUGAGCAUUACUCCAUAUAACGACACGCUUACAGAAGAGUUUUGGGGGAUAGUCUUUAACUGUUCUCUGAAUUACACUCAAAUUUUGAGAGGCAUGAGGAGAUGCACUGGAGAAGAGAUGCUAGACAAGUUGAACAAUACAUACUCGGAUGUGUCGCAGUUAAGGAUUACGUAUAACGUGUAUAAGGCUGUAUAUGCCGUGGCACAUGCCCUACAUAACCUUGAGCACUGUGAAGAUGGCAGUGGCCCAUUUGAGAAUGACACAUGUGCUGACAUUAACAAAUUUGAGCCUUGGCAGCUCAUGUACUACCUGAAGAACCUGAGAUUCACCGUCCCUCACACCGGAGAGGAGAUAUACUUCAAUAAUGGUGACGUGGACGGCUUUUAUGAGAUCUUAAACUGGCAGAGUGAUUCAGACGGAGAGAUCACAUAUACACACAUUGGUUACUAUAACAGCACUGCACCUCUCGACGAGAUGUUGACUAUAAAUAAUGCCUCCAUCAUAUGGAACAAUGAUGUUCUGGAGACGCCGCGCUCUGUGUGCAGUGAACGCUGCCAGCCGGGCACCAGGAUGGGUAUCCGGCAGGGAGAACCGGUCUGUUGCUUCGACUGCAUCCCCUGUGCAGAUGGCGAGGUCUCGAACACGACAGAUGCACGAGGCUGUAUCCAGUGCGACGAGGACUAUUGGUCCAAUGCCAAUCACGACGAGUGUGUGCCAAAGACCAUCGAGUUCCUGGACUUUACCGAACCUCUUGGGAUCACGCUGAUCGCCAUCGCUGCAUUUGGGGCUCUGGCUACGAUUGUAGUCGCGGUCAUCUUCUUGAUUCACCUUAACACGCCUCUGGUGAAAGUCAACGACCCUCUGCUUACCUUCUCCUUGUUACUGGGUUUGGUGAUCACCUUCCUCUGCUCCAUUGUGUUCCUCGGUGAGCCUCAGAUGUGGUCGUGCAUGACCAGCCAGGUGGCGUUGGCCGUGGGCUUUGCUCUGUGCCUCUCUUCACUAAUGGGCAAAUCUGCUCUGCUCAUGCUGAGAGCCAGAGCCGUAAAAGCUGUCAAAAAUGCUACCAAGGCAGCUAAAGCAGCGGCGGCGGCCGCUGAGCAAAGUCCCGACACUGCCGUCAUCGCCCCGGCUAUUCCUCAGAAGAAUGACGUGGACCCCAUACAUCCCAGACACCAGAGGGCGAUAAUGAUAGUGUGCACCUUAAUCCAAGCAGUAGCUUGCACCGUGUGGCUGAUUCUGAUGCCUCCACACCCUGUAAAGAACACAGCCGCCCAGAACAUCAAGAUCAUCCUGGAGUGCGACACCGGAAACAUCAUCUUCAUCUGCUCCAUCUUCGCUUACGACAUUCUUUUGGCUCUGCUGACUUUCGCUUUUGCUUUUGUGGCACGAAAGCUGGAAGACCACUUCAACGAGGGCAAGAGCGUGACCUUUGGCAUGCUGGUGUUUUUCAUCGUUUGGAUCUCCUUCGUGCCCGCAUACCUGAGCACGCGGGGGAAAUUCAUGGUGGCGGUACAAAUCUUCGCAAUCUUGGCAUCAAGCUUCGGCCUGCUCGCGUGCGUCUAUCCCAAGUGCUACGUGCUGCUCGUCAAACCGGAGAGGAACAAAGAGGAGAUGAUGAUUCCUCGAGCCAAAUCACGUGACGCAGCCGCCAACGGAAGCUCUGCAUCGCUCGCCACCAUCAGCAGCUCCGCCAAUGCAACCGCUGUGUCCACCGUGUCUCUAGAUGACUGAAGCCACUCCCCGAAAAUGAUCUACUGUGUCACUCUGAAUCCAGAAGGCUUAUGAUAUUGGACUUUUUCCAGGAUUUUAUAUAUAAAUUUAGAUCUAAGACAGAAUAGGAAUAACAGUAAAGGACUUUUAAGGGGGUUGUAUUGUACUUACCAUGUUAUAUGAUGUCUACAUAUAAUACAGUUUAGUUUUUAUGACCAUUUUUCGCCAUCUCUAACCCCUAGCAGGCUGUUUUUAUCUAUUUAUUGAUUUGCUGUUGUACCUAAAACUGCAGAAAGUUUACAUGUGAAAUGAAGUACAGUGCUUUGCUGCACUUUUAAUAUCUGACUGCGGGUUUGCUGUCAAGUCCAAUAUCAUUUUUAACAGCCCCAUUCACAUGUUUUCAUCUGACAUCAUAAAGCUAGGGAGGAAACUAAGUUUCAAUAAAAUUAUUCCCCCUGCAAUCAAAAUGUAAGGUUUUUUAGCUUUUAGUAUGAAUAUGUUGAAGCCUUAAGGUUAUGAAUAAGCUGCUGUGUUCCAAAACAAUGACAAAAUUCGCAUUUAGGAGAUAUAAGCAUUCAAAACUGUACAGUCUCUCACUUCCACUAAAAUGGAUCAUUGAUUUUCAUGACAUCAGACAUGGACUUAAGCUUCUCAUCAAAUCUUCUGUCCAAUCAAAUGCUCUCUAGAAUCUUAAGUCCCGCCCCCUCCUACGCUAUAAACAGACAAGCUGCGGCUGGUCAUUUGUUCACACAUUUACUAGUUUCUAUAUGGUGAAUGGCACAUAGUGCACUAUAUAGAGGAAUAGGGAAUGAUUCAGACAGUGUAAAUAUGCUUUCCAUUGACGCGAUUGAAGUCCGUUGUCGCAUUAGUGUCACGUGAACCCCUGCAGCGCGAGCACAGUCUGCUCCGGUCCAGAGCACAGAGCGAUCAUACGCGUGAGUCGGAAUAGACCACAAAACGUUUGGACACAUUUAAAUUCUACAAACAAUGCUAUAUUUUAAAGCAAUAUUGAGGAGAAACGGUUAGAGAUUAUGAGGAAAAUUGGGUUUUACGAGCUUAACAGCUCUGGCCGAGCUGUGAUCUAGACGAAACGCUAUUGGCUAUUUUGAAAAGUGGAGGGGCUUCUAGAUAUAUCCUGUCGUGUCUAGCUGUUUCAUUGGAAAUUACGUCAACACAGUGAAUAAAUCUGCGCGUUCCAAGGCACUUAAGUGGGCUCAACCUACUGUAGAGGAGGAGCAAACAAAGUCAAAAUAUCAAACUUUAGAAGAAAGGUCCAACACUCAUAAUAAAUAAAUGAAUCCACGUUAAACAUGAUACAUACAUUUAAUAAUAAAUGAAUCCAUGAAUUCUGUUAAUGAGAAGACAUUUUGAGAGUCACAGUUUUCAUACUAUAUACACUAAUUAUAUUUCAAAUGGUCAGGGAAAAUUUUAUUCCUUUUUUUACACAACAGAUACACUAUAAAAGAGGGAAAAAAGGCAAAUAAAGGGAAAACAGGAAAAAAAAAUUCCCCAUGAUAUGAGCAUGCAUUUGCACUCAGGGAUGUUUUUAUGACUAGUGUAGCUUAGCUGUUCAAAUUACAUGGGGGAAAAAAAUGCAUUUACUACAUCUUAAAAAAAUAAAACUAAUCUUUUCAGAGCUAAAUUUUAGUCUUAAAAGCAUGGAAACAAAAAGGUAAAUGUAAUACUGAUGUCUGCCAGCAGGUGGAAGCAGUGAACGUUCAUAAACUGAGAUCUCUGUGCACUGGAGAUGACACAAAUUAAACUGUCCUAGUUGUUCUCAGUUGUUAUAUAAAAGAAUUAUUGUAAUAGUUUUGCUAACAUACAAUGAAGUAUAUUUUUGUGAACAUUCUGUAAACUAUGCUGUUACUUUAUUUUUGAAUUUGAAAAUGAAUUUUCAAAUUUAGAUUAGACUGGGUGUGUUUUAGAUAUAUAUGGGAGGCAUCAUGGAUUCAAACACAAAUUGCAUCUAAUGUGAACUGUUUAGAGCUACACUUAAUUUUGAACAGGACUCUGCUGAAGUCUUCACUGUGUCGCUCGUAAACAAUACUAAUAAAUUAUGUAUUGCUUUGUCUUUAUCUUAUUCAUAAAAUAAAGUUGCA